UUCCACAUGUGAAAGUAACAAACAACAUGGCAGCUCUUUUCACUGCACGGCUCGGACUGGAGAGACUGGGUAGUACCGGGCUGUUCCUCGCUCUGUCCUGUCUAAUUACAACUGUUUCAUGCCAAAACGUCAGCACAUCUUUCAGCCCUUUAAACAUCACGGAAAGUAACCAGACAGCUGACUAUACGAGCCUUCCCAAAAACAAUUACAGCAGUGUUACCGCAAGAAUGCCUACAACCUCAUUCAUGCCAACUGAGACAAAUACUCCGUUGCCUACCAAAACUGUGGACGCGGCCAUGAAAGAAUCUGCAUCAGUAUAUGACCGUAAAAUUAUUCCUGAGCAUUCGCCACUAUUCUCAUCAGACAUGCCUCAAUAUGAAAGUGAUUCAUCAUUUGUUCUGACUCCUACGUCAGAAUUAUACAAACUGGCAAGUGUUUACAAAGUUGAAACAGAGACGGUUUCAAAAGACUUCUUCGCAGAGCCAGUGAGUUCAGUGUUUCUGGGUGAAGAAAUGCAGUCCGGAACAGCCCCUAUGAAAAGCUUGACAAUAGAACCUACGCCUUCGAUUAAACCCGAGUUAUACGAGCCUGCAACCCUAUCUAGCUCACAGCAUUCGCCAGACGAUUUCAUCGGCUGGGCAACUAGACAUAUCCAGUCUUUCGCCAAGACAGAAUUUAAAACUGGAGCGAUUUUCCCAUCGCAUUACUAUAUCCAUGACAGUAUAAGUGUAAUAAGUUCGUCUGUUCAUUCCACUCGGUACCCUAUGUCAACUUCCUCAUUCCCCCCGAGCAAUAUAAUGCCAUCUUUAACAGCCAAUCCAACCGUGGCCAUGUCUGUCUCUCCACCGGUCGGUUUAGUGAACCCCUCUGUUAGUCAUACCACCGGGGACAUUAAUACACCUGCCUUGUUUUUAUCACCUAGCCCUGUGUUUAAUUUCUCGGAUGUACCUUCGACACAGCGCAUCGAAGAGUCUUUAAUUUCUGUUAAGCAACUGUUUACCACAGUUGCAUCUUCCCAUUCACUUCAUAUCAACUAUUCGAGUUCGGAUAUAUUGUCUGUUUCACGGAUUAUUACCAAUAUGCCGUUGCACUCGGCUGGAUUCGUCACGGAUCAUUUACUCACAUCAGAAACACAAAGUCCAUCAAGGGCACCAUACUACACCCAGGCCCAUAGUAGUGCUAUCCCUACUCCAGUUUUAAGUACAUCUAUCCCGGAUUGGUUGGGAGACUCCAACUCUGAUUACACAACGCACAGUUCACACAGCGCCCCGCCCUUACCUCUUCCCUCGGUUGGACUGAACGAGUCUGUGUCGUAUUCAUUAGAUGUAACGACUGCAUCUUUACUAUACCCGUUUCCUGUGGUGUCCCCAUCAGUGUCCUUUGUGCAUACAACCAUUAAGCCCAGUUUGUCAGUGCCCUUCCCUUCUACAGAGCACUCUGCCGCUCACAACGAGACCUAUCUACCUUCACCUAUGAUUAUUUAUCCAGCAACGGAGGUGGCAUUCAUAAAGUCAUCUGAAACUAUCCGCGAGUACGAUGAAUUGCUGACAUCUUGGUCCGACUUUCCAACGGAGUCUUACUAUACGGAUGAAUAUUAUUACGAGGACACGUCCAUUACAGGUUAUAUUCCUGAGCAGACUGAGUAUACUCCCGAUUUCCCUCUGAGCUCCACCAGAAGUCUUCCCCCAAGCGUUGGGUGGAUCGAAACGUCUGGAACAGAACAGGAUUAUACGUCAACGGAAGACCGAGGUGAAACUGUGGUCCCUCUAAGCCCUACUCUAAGGAUAAUGUCUUCCUCAGUGCACACUACUCUACCCAUUUCUUCGAUGAUUAUACAAACGUCGAGUCAGGCGCCUUACGUGACGACUGCUCCCGAUACACCAGAGUACAUCAAUCAGAAAUACAUCCUCACUUUUAACGGGGAUUGUCAACCGCUGGUUUCUAAUGUGGAGAAAGCGCGAGAAUUCCAAAGCAAGGUAAAAGAGGUCCUUGUGAGCUACCUGGUCAUAGAUCAAGACUCCGUUUAUAUGGAUCGCCUUGCUUGCGGAUCUGUGGAAUCACACGUUAUCUUUUACAAUGCUACUCAGAAUUAUUCGUCCAACUUGGCCAGUUUAGUGUCAUCAGGCGCAUUUCUCGUUGAAAUGGCCUUUUCAGAGACAAAUACGUCCUCGACAUUCCGCGCGUACAAGGUAGAAGAAGCGGACUUUGCGGACUCAGGGGAGACCGUGACUCAGGGAGAAGAGCAGGAGCAUCAUCUAGGAGACAAAGACAUCGUUCUCAUUGUCCUUGCUUGUGUUAUCUGCACAGUUUUAGUCAUUAUUGGCAUCGUUAUAUGUGCCCGACAUAUGUACAGUAAAAAAUACGCACAGUCUUUUAACCUGAUGGACACGAGGCAUGCUAAUCUCAAAAUGGAUGAUUAUACCCUGACACAGUUUCCUCUGCCACGUCGGAGUUAUGGAGAGGACGGUAUUCAGGUACAGUCAUACUCACACUACCAAACUAACGGACAAGCUUUGCUUCCUCCGCAUAACUACAAUGGCCACAAUCAGUCUUCAGACUUAGAUUCGACUUUAGAGCGGUCGGUGGAUCUUGGGGAUAUCAGGUUAGAUGGAAACAAACACUCUUCCUUCGGCACCACCACUCGGACGUUUGACUUCUCACCCAGUGGCAGCCAUUUAUCUGCCAAAGGUGACGGAGAAUGCGCGCUUCCAUCCACCAGCAUGGAUAGCAGCAGCUCCACACACGACCGAUCCACGGAGAAUUUAGUCCCGGGUCUAGGUGGCUCUACUCUCCACGGCUCGGUGAAUCCCAUCUACUCGGGAGACGACACUGAAGGCACAGCCAGUGUAUCCUCCGACCCUCCUCCAUACACAGACACUAGUCAUGCGAACAUGUGACCUCCUUGUCAUAGUUUGAGUAACUAAUAAUCUUUCUAUUUUACAUGGCAAUCGGAAAUUCCGUCAAGGAUACGACUACAUAGGCCUACUAGUGCAGGGUUUCCUAAGUCUGCAGCCUGAGGUGUGGAGGAACGUGUUUUAUGACUAUUUCAGAAUACUCUUGUUUUAAGAAUAACUGCAUGCAAAGUCAACACCCGAGCUGUGGAAAGAUGUGUCUAAAAGCACCACGUGCCUUGAACUUGUUCGAGUUGAGAUGACGGUGUCUGAUAUAGAUAUUGUGGACGGAUGCAGUUCUUGCCAACGAAACUGUGAUGAAAUGUUCAUUUUAAUGCUUUGCCAAAGGGUUAUUCCUAUCUACACACUACUGUUGGUCUCACAAUAUGGCGCGUGUCUUAUCCCCGGAGCCUGGUCAAUUUGCAUUGUUUUAGUGUGACUGUAUAUGUAUAUUAAAUAUAAUGACAACUCAGCAUUAUGAGUUAAUCCAGAGCAGUGGAUUUAAGUAAAUUGCAGUUAACAGCUUGCAUUGAUUUUACCUACUUCUGCCUAAGCCAUGAUCCUAUAGGGACGUAUACGUUCCUACUUUUUGAGCAUAUUCAUGAAAAGUCAAGGUAGUAUUUUCCUCGUAACGUGUGAUCAUUGGCAUGCUAAUUAUCACACUGUCGUCACUGCUCUGGUUUUACUCUCUUUUAUAUUAUAUGUAUCCAGUGAUAAGUACUGGAUGGCAUUUUGAUAACUUGUCGUAUGCUUCAUGCAAUGUUUGCUCAGCUAUACACCAUUGGGGAAAGUUAUGCAAAUCGAUGUUUUAGAACAAUAUGGUACUCACUUUAAGUGAGAAUUGUUUUUAAGUUUAAGUUUCAGUUUUUGAGUUAAUGAUGUCCACAUGCACUUAUUUCUUAGGGUUACGUAUACAUAGCUACCAUGGCAACCAGCUUUGUACGCAUGACGUCGCCAUGGUAGUUACAUAUUUGUAAUGUAAAGAGUGUGUCAUGCAUGUUCUCUCCUAGAUUGCGGUUGACCAUAACGUAAACGUGGACAUCGUCAUGACAGCUCUGUGCGGUCGCUGUGAGUUCAAGUCCAGGUCAUGCUGGCUUCCUCUCCGGCCGUAUGUGGGAAGGUCUGGCAGCAACCUGCGGAUGGUCGUGGGUUUCCCCCGGGCUCUGCCCGGUUUCCACCCACCAUAAUGCUGGCCGCCGUCGUAUAAGUGAAAUAUUCUUGAGUACGGCGUAAAACACCAAUCAAAUAAAUAAAUAAAUAAAUGAGUUCUGUCUGAAGUUGAUGUUUUCCAUGAAACAUGAAUGAACGAUGUGUUUGGGGAUUGGAGUUUUUUCGUGAAUUGCAGUGACAGGUCGCGAAGGAAGGACAAAGUAUGGCAUCGUUUUGGACUAUACCACGGCAGUUCUGACUUGCGUUGGGGUUUUCCAUGAAGUAUGAAUGAAUCGUGAUGUGAUCAGGCAGCAGUCUUGAAUAAUGUCACGGCAGUUCUGACUUGCGUUGGGGUUUUCCACGAAGUAUGAAUGAAUCGUGAUGUGAUCAGGCAGCAGUCUUGAAAAAUGUCACGGCAGUUGACAUGACUUGCGUUGAAUGAGCCAUGAUAUGACAGGUUGCCAUGAACAGUGUCCUGACAGUUCUUGUUGCGUUGGGGUUGUCCGUGCAACAUUACCGAACAAUGUCAUCUCAAUAUGAGCAGUUGGCGUGAACAAUGUCGUAACAGUUCUACUCGUGAAUGGAUAAACUGCACUAUGAAUGAAAGUCCAUCUUUCAUUGUGUCAUGGUUUUCCAUGAAGUAUGACUAGUCUGUGUCAUGACAGAUCCUAUGGGAUAAUGGAAGUCCUGAAAUUGAAGGUGAAGUGAAAGCAAUGUUUGAUAUUUUGACAGGGAAUGUGUUCAUGUAGCCAACAGUACCAUUUAUUCCUUGGUGAAUGUUGGAGGUAAGGUUAAGUUUUACCACUUCAGUAACCGUGAGUUUAUAACCUCAGCUAAUCUGCAUUUGACGGAGUGUUUUGAUGCCAACUCACGUCGCUGCUUAAGCACAAGAACGUUAUAUACCGCUUUAGACUCAUAGUCGUACACCGGUUCCGUGGGGGAAAACGAAGUCGAGGCAUCACCACUUAAAUGUAGAAGGUUUCCCAAGCUUUCGAACCACUUGCCACUUGACAGAGAUCCCAGCAAAUGGGUCGAAGGCUUGUGAAACAUUUUACCUUUACGUGCAGAUGCCUCUACUUCAUUUUUAACGCAAGAAUAUUGCCAAAGUUUUUCCUAUUAUAUUACAUGUGUUUUAAUACUGUUCAUAUCAUGUAUAUUUUUGCUGUCAUCUCAACGAAGUAUACCCGGUACGAUAAGUCAGACAGGUUUAUGGCCAAAGCCUUGUUAAAUGUUGUUUUAUCGUGUAAAUGGAUUGUUAUAUUGAAUACAACAAUAUAUCAAUACAUAAAUAUAUA